UGUUAUUUCAAUUAAGCAAUGCAUGAAUUGCCUUUCGUUUCUGCAGGACCUUGCUAACUGUCUAAAAGGCUGCAGGUUUCUCCCAAAAGUAAAUAUUGAUCUCGUGGAUUACAGAAACUCAACCUACAAGGAAAGAUUUGCUAACUUGCAGAACCUAGUCCUUAUUAUGACCGAGCUUUACACCAAGGAUUGGAUUGGAUUGAAGACCUUAGAUGAAGCUGGGAAAGUCAAAUUCAUCAAUGUCUCUAGGAACCAUCUCCAGAUCUCUCUUGCUGACAUGCAAAAAUAUAUAGUACCUUACUUGGUGGAUGAUGCAGCUUUAGCAAACAAAAUGGCAACAAGAAUGGCUUCUAGUAGUUGGACCCCAUGGGUUCAGGGUUUGUAUCGAAGAAUGUUGAGGCGAAGAUUGGUUAGGCUGUUUGAGGAUUGGCCACUACUCUUGGCAGUUACCUUUAGCUUCUGCUUAAAAAUGUAAGAUUAUGACAUACAAUGUGAUUUGAGAGAUUGAUUCAGGCAGAAACUGAGACGGUCAAUGCAAAUGAACUCCAUAUAGAUUUUGAUUUACAUGUGACCUAAAGAUAAAGCAGUUAGGACUCGAUCAUUUGCAAAAUAUGCACAAUGUAACUGGGCUCUUACACCUACCAUGUGAGUUAACCAUUUUCACUGUGGCAUAUACUCUAUCAACAAAUAUAGGUGGACCAAAUCAAUGGUUGAAUUUUCA